CCCUUUCAUUGGUCCCUAUGUGUGUUCUAAAUUAACCUAUGUAUAAUAUUCGUUAUAUAAAAGUAGAUUUUCUUUUUUCAUUCAGCUGAACUGUCAAUUCAGGCGGGCGUGACGCUUAGACCCUAUCGAUGUUUGAUUCUGAAGUUUUGCCGGAUGUCCCUCAUUUUCCAACAGACAGACACGCCGACAGACAGAGUAAACCCUACGUGUUCGACCGUGUGCUGCCUCCCAACACGUCCCAGGAACAAGUGUACGACCAGUGUGCCAAACAGAUAGUUAAAGAUGUGCUGGGCGGCUACAACGGGACCAUCUUCGCUUACGGACAGACGUCCUCCGGGAAGACACACACCAUGGAGGGCAAACUGCACGACCCCCAGCUGAUGGGAAUCAUCCCUCGUAUCGCCCACGACAUCUUUGACCACAUUUACUCCAUGGACGAGAACCUCGAGUUUCAUAUCAAGGUUUCCUAUUUUGAAAUCUACUUGGACAAGAUCCGAGACCUGCUGGAUGUGUCGAAGACGAACCUUGCUGUGCAUGAAGACAAAAACAGAGUGCCCUAUGUCAAGGGUUGUACUGAGCGUUUUGUGUCCAGUCCGGAGGAGGUGAUGGACGUCAUCGAUGAGGGCAAAAACAAUCGGCACGUGGCAGUGACGAACAUGAAUGAGCACAGCUCUCGCAGCCACAGCAUCUUCCUCAUCAACAUCAAGCAGGAAAACAUGGAGACGGAGAAGAAGCUGUCGGGGAAGCUCUACUUGGUCGACCUGGCGGGCAGCGAGAAGGUCAGCAAGACGGGAGCAGAGGGAGCCGUGUUGGAUGAGGCGAAGAACAUCAACAAAUCUCUGUCGGCGCUGGGAAACGUCAUUUCAGCUCUAGCCGAGGGAACAAAAACCCAUGUGCCGUACAGAGACAGUAAGAUGACUCGCAUCCUGCAGGACUCUCUGGGGGGAAACUGUCGCACCACCAUCAUCAUCUGCUGCUCGCCGUCCGUCUACAACGAGGCUGAGACCAAGUCCACGCUCAUGUUUGGACAGAGAGCCAAGACCAUCAAGAACACAGUGUCGGUGAACCUGGAGCUGACAGCCGAGGAGUGGAAGAAGAAAUACGAGAAGGAGAAGGAGAAGAACAAGAGCCUGAAAAACGUCAUCCAGAGGCUGGAGGCGGAACUGAACCGCUGGAGGAACGGGGAGAACGUUCCUGAGGACGAGCAGCUGAGCUCUAAAGAUCAGAAGGGCGGCGAGCCGUACGACAACACUCCCGUCAUCGACAACCUGCUGCCGCCAGGAGGAGGCAUCUCGCUCCCUGCCGACGAGCGGAGCCAAUACGAGGACGACGUCAGCAACCUCUACAAACAGCUGGAUGACAAGGAUGAUGAGAUCAACCAACACAGUCAGUUGGCAGAGAAACUCAAGGAGCAGAUGAUCGACCAGGAAGAGCUGCUGGCGUCUACGCGGCGCGACUAUGAAAAGAUCCAGGAGGAGCUGUGCCGGCUGCAGGCGGAGAACGAGCUGGCCAAGGAGGAGGUGAAGGAGGUGCUGCAGGCCCUGGAGGAGCUGGCCGUCAACUACGACCAGAAGAGCCAGGAGGUGGGGGAGAGAGACCGAGCCAACCUGCAGCUGGUGGAGGAGCUGCAGCACAAGACGGCGUUGCUGUCAGUGGUGCAGAGCGAGCUGAGUCAGCUGCAGGAGCUGAACGACCUGCAGAGGAAGAGAGCCGCCGAGGUCCUCAACCUGCUGCUGCGAGACCUCAGUGACAUCGGCGCCAUCAUCGGCACCGGCGACGUGAAGACCGCCGCAUCCUCGGAGACGAAGGGUAACGGCUCGGCGGUGGAGGAAGAGUUCACCGUGGCUCGACUCUACAUCAGCAAGAUGAAGUCUGAGGUCAAGUCUCUGGUGAACCGCAGCAAGCAGCUGGAGAGCGCUCAGGCCGACACCCACCGCAAGAUCCAGGCCAAUGAGAAAGAGCUGGCGUCCUGUCAGCUGCUCAUCUCCCAGCACCAGGCCAAGAUCCGCUCUCUGACAGAUUACAUGCAGAACAUGGAGCAGAAGAAGAGGCAGCUGGAGGAGAGUCAGGACGCUCUGACCGAAGAGCUCGCCAAACUGCAGGCUCAGGAGAAAAGACACGAGGUUUUGGGAGAGGAGAAGGAGGACAUCAGCAGACUUGAUAGAGACGAGGACAUCGAGAAGGCGCUGGAGGAGCAGCUGGAGAAGCACCGGGAGGCUCAUCAGAAGCAGCUCAGCCGCCUCCGAGACGACAUCGGAGACAAGCAGAGGAUGCUGGACCAACUCACAGAUCUAAACCAGGGUCUGCUACUGGAGCAGGAGAGACUCAUGUCGGACUAUGACAAACUGAAGGCCAAAGAGCAGGAGAAGGAUGCAAAGCUACAGAAACUCAUACUGCUGAAUGAACAGAGGGAGCAGGCCGAAGAGGACUUGAAGGGCUUGGAGGAGACUGUGGCCAAAGAGCUGCAGACUCUGCACAACCUGCGCAAACUCUUCGUUCAGGACCUCACCACGCGGGUCAAGAAGAGUGCGGAGCUGGACUGUGAGGAGGGACUUGGCAACGUGGCCCAGAAACAGAAGAUCUCCUUCCUGGAGAACAACUUGGAACAGCUCACCAAGGUCCACAAGCAGCUGGUUCGAGACAAUGCAGACCUGCGCUGCGAGUUGCCCAAGCUGGAGAAGCGUCUGCGGGCCACGGCCGAGCGAGUCAAAGCCCUGGAGAACGCCCUGAAGGAGGCCAAGGAGAACGCCAUGAGGGACCGCAAGCGCUACCAGCAGGAGGUGGACCGCAUCAAAGAGGCCGUGCGGGCCAAGAACAUGGCCAGAAGAGGCUUCUCCGCACAGAUCGCGAAGCCCAUCCGACCAGGCCAUCAUCCACCGUCAUCCCCCAUCAGCAGCUCCAUCAGAGCCGGAGGCGUCUACACCCACAACAACUGAAACCACAACAGCAAGUUAAACCUAUGGACCGCAAAUAACUGCCGCAUGCUAAACCGCCCCACCUGGAACCACAAGCCCUGCCCCUCCCGUUGGAGCACCAAUGGGAGGCCAUCACGACAGACUGUCACCGCUCAGAGAAGCAACAUCCAAACAUCCUUAGUGUAUAUACUAAUAUAACAUGUAGACAUAUUUAAUUUGCUGAAUGUAGAUAUCCGAGGCCUCAUUUAGAAAAUGUUCUUUUCUGUGAUCCUCCUGAUUAUAGAUCGUUUCAUUUGUCUU